ACUUCUGGUUUAAUUGCUGGACUUGUGAUUGGUUUUCUGCUCGUGACCUUUAUUUGUAUGAUCUUUAUCUGGCGUCGCUGGAGAAAACAGAAGAUGUUAAAGAAAAAAAGCCUUAUUCCAGGGUAAAGAAUACUACAUGUCUUCAUAAUCUAAGAUUAGACGUGCGGAAAUGUUUCCUAGAAAAUUGAAGGACAAUAAAAUUAAGAAAUUCAAGUUUUUAAAACACUGCUGCUUUGGGUAAUGCGAACAAAAAAUUGCUUCUAAGCCAGUCUUACCAAGAACGAGCUCAAAAAUUGGGCGAUAGACCUCUUGAGAAUCAUUCCUAAUUUUGUUUUGUAUGAGCCAAAAAUUCAAAAUUGAUUAAGGGGGCUUGUAUGCCAGUUUAAACGGGGAUAUUUAAAAUAGGUUAUAAUUAAUCUUCUGAUUUAAAAUUAUUUUUCUAUAUAUACUUGGUCACGAUUCGUAACCUUUAUAACUUUUGCAUAAAUUUGCAACAGUAAAUUCUUACCUCGUCUUUUUUUUCAUAGGAAAAAUAGGUUGAUAAUUGAUAAUUGGGAAGUAGAUGGAGACCUUGUGACCCUUGAAGAUGAAAUUGGAGAGGGAGCCUUUGGUAAGGUGUACAAGGGAACUCUAGUUAAACCAACCAGCUCUUUACACCAGAGGUUCUGUUUGAAGCCGUGGAAGAAAACUUCGAAAACUAUCAGUGGAAGUGAAACAUACGUGGUUGCAGUAAAAAUGCUUCAUAGUGAGUAACAAUUAUUCCUGGUAUUAAAAUAUAUAACAUAAAGUGGAUGAAAAAUAUCAAGUUCACCAACGAAGGAUGCUACUUGUGAGUAAGGAUCCAAGAGGAUUCAAGAUGUUUCGAACUAAACUUUAAAUACUACUCUUGAAUGUCACUUAGAGGUCUACUUCAGUUUCUCAUAUGUCUUGCUGUUUAUUUACCGCACAAACGUUUUGCCGUUCGGGUUUCUUCAGUGUACAAAACAGGUUUAACCAGGUUUUCGUUUUUUACUAUUUUGUACACUGAAGAAGCGCGAAGUGCGACACGUUUGUGCGGUAAAUAAACAGUAAGACAUGUGAAAAAGUUUGGAGUAGACCUCUUUGACAUUCAAGAUUAUUUCAUUAUAUAUAUAAUUAAUUCAUUUGUAAUCAGAAGGAGCAACUACUUUCGUCAUAGAUCGCUUAAAUGUCUUUCACUGAGGCAUAUGUUCUACGGUAAAGUGCUACACAAGCUCUUUCGAAUAAGAAAGUAAAUUUUUUAGAGGUCAAAUUGAAGCCACACUCAAGAAUGUGACCCAAGUCAUUAUAGAUGUAAAGCAAUGGUACUGACUACAAACAGCAAAAAUCCUUUUUACGGCUUAAAAGUCCAGUGUAAGCCAAAGGUAUUUCUGAAAGGCCUGAACUAAUGAUGAGCUGACGGCCAUUUUUAGGUCCUUGGUGGCAAUUUACUCUAGACAGGGUCAGGAAUCAAUUAGAUUUGUGUAAGACAUGUUUAUUAAUAAAUCUGACUGGAUUUGUUAAAACGUGGCUAAAGAGCAUUUUAACAAUUUGACAUCUGGACCGAAUAGAAGGUGGAUAAAAGUCCCUAACUAAGGCUUUACAAUGGCAACUUUAUUGCUAGCAAAAGUCCUCUCGCGGAAGCACAGGCGGCCCAAGCUCACUACAAGAACGAACGUGACUCUUGCUUGCGAGCGGUGUGUUGCAAACGGCUAUUUACAAAGGAUUGUAUGGGAUGUUAACGGUUUUUGUUAAAAGUGAGAAAAAAUGUUAUGUUUUUAAAUAAAAUCGACAUACCUUAUUGUUGUUUACCGGCGUCUCAGGCCGUUUUGAAGCGUUUUCGGCGAGUUAGCGCUAUUUUGGUGUUCCACACCAAAAUAGUAGUGAGCUUGGGCCGCCCGUGGCAGAAGGUAACAGGAUCUUGCGAUGAAAUAAACAACAUUUGAAACGUCCAGAAAUGAUAACCUUUUGGUCAGUGCAACCAUCAGGCCGGCAUAGCUCAAAACAGUUCCGAAAACCACUCAUAAUAUUUCCACAUUUAAAACGGGCGAAACAUCGUCAAAUUACUCCGAAAAAUCCUCGCUUUCUCCACAUACAUCGGCGCAUGGAAACUCUUCUCCACUCACACAGUCGACUUAUUCAAGAUCACGGAUGUAAACCAGCGGUUGAAAAGGAGACAUACCGUAUAACAAUUCUUAACUACGUCUUUGGCCUGGUCAGAAAUCGGCAUAAAUUUUCAUCUCGCCGAAUAGAUUUCACCCCUAAAACCUACUUUCAGCCUGUACUUUGUCAACAACGAUUAGAGCGUCGACUUGAACAUAGUUUUCGCAUCGUAAAACAACUUCCAUUUCACUUCGCACCACUGCAGAUUCAAGAAUAAAACAAAACAGGUAAGAUUUUAUCUCUUAUUUAAUUGCUAUUUGCAAUUUGCAAAUAAGAGCGUGGGUUCCCUAUGCUCGUUGUGAGAAUUGUUCCUUCAUAAGGCUUAAUGAUGCCUUCCGGAAACCUUUGCUCAAGGCAGCCAAAAAAACUCCAAGACAACCCACUACGAGAGCCGAGUUUAGUAUAAUAUGCGCGCUGAUUUCAAAUUGACACAGAGAGAAUUAGGGGAAGUUUUGAGAAACAUUUUUUUUGUGGGGGGGGGGGGGAGGUAGGUUAAUAGCCUGUGAGAAACUCAUCAAAGUCUAUCUACUGCAGCCUAUUCAGUACAUAUUCGGUGCAAAUUAGAUAAAUAAAAAGUAACCGCAAAAAAUGAUUUUACAGACAUUUUACUUUAUCUGUGAGAAGGAGGGGAAGAUUUACACUGUUAUAGAAAGUCUACUAACUCUGCUCUCGGCCAAUAGAUUUGACUCCUACAAACUACUUUUUGAUGCCAGAGACCGCUCACGUCAAAGCUCGCAAUAUGAUGCCUUUUCGUCUCAAGCCCGAGAUUACUUUCCCCAGGCUUUGAAUGCGUCUUUCAACUGUCUGAGCAAAAACCCUUGCCGAUAAAACCGGACCAGAACCGAGCCAGAGAAAGACAUCCAUCAUUUUCCCUUUUCCCAUUAGAUAUGCCAGAUGAAAGUGUACGGCAAGAAUUUCUUGACGAAAUUCAGUUGAUGAAGGCGGUGGGGUCGCACGAGAAUAUUGUUAGCAUGGUUGGCUGUUGCACUGUGGAGGAACCCAUGUUUUUGUUAGUUGAAUAUGCCCCUUACGGUGAUCUUCUGCAUUACCUCAGAAAUCAUAGAAAAAAGGUA